UUAGCGCGGGCGUGGUUUCUAGCGCGAUAACGGAUGUCCUACCAGUGAUCUUGUAUACGGACAUCCUGUUCCUUGCUCCUGGGUGGUCAAAGGAGCUGGCAACUGUAAACAAAGGGCAAAGAAAGGUAUGUGAGUUGAAUUCCUGCCAAAUUGUAAAUUUCUCGUGUAUCGAUUAUCCGGUUACAACCUAAGUUACAGUGACCAGCACGCAAGCCACUAUGAAGGAAGCGUAUAAUCGAAGCACACAAAUAACAAAUGUUAAAAUAAAAUAUUCGGUGAGAUUACGCUCAAGCUCACACCUAUUCGAAUACUAUUAUAUUGAAAAAUACGUUUCAUUAAACGAAAACAUAAAAUGAAUGUUAAAUAUCUUACAUUAAGAAUAAUUAUAUUUUAAAAGAAAUAAGGUCGCAACUAACGCGCUUGUACUUAUUACUAUCUGUCGUAAAAUAACAUAGAAUAAAAUAUUAAUGCGUAUUAAACUUCGCAACAUAAAAGACUUUAACGUUAUAUAAAAUCUUAAGAAAAUGAAUUGACUAUUUCGGAGCUCUGCUCCCUGUAAAAUAUGCGUUUACCGCGAAUCUACAUUACACGCGCUUUUGUUCCGCAUCUGUCGACGCGUCUUUUUUUUUUUUUCAGUCUCGCUGAGGACACUCUUACCUUGGAUCUUUCUCGUCUCGAACCUUGCCGUCUCGUAGAACCUUGUUCCGCCGCUCCGAGGUUGCUGGGUCGACGUGGACGCCACAGGCUCGCAGGGGCUCUCUGGGGUCGGUUGCAAGGUGCCGCCGUCGUCUCAGGAUCGUCUCCAGGUUCGUCGUCGUCGUUUCACGGGAACUUCGCCAGGUCACCCGGAUUCCGUCGAACUCAAGAACAGUCACCCAGGAUAUUGUUAAGGUGCUGCUGUCGCUGCUGCUGGAUUCCCCUCGGACGCCUCUGGACUGCCACACCCUUCCGGAUUCACUCUCAAGUAAGUAUGAUACCAAGGUAUUCCCCUAACCUCAAAACCGGUUCUCUUAAGGACGAUUCUUUCGUAGGAAUCACUGGACGCCGUCUCCAAGGAUUUGGACAACGCACAAGAAAGAUACGGCGGCCAGCAGCCCGAACCAUCAGCCAAGGCAGAGGGACACACCGAGGAGGCGACCCCGAAGUUUUCGGCGAUCAAGGCGGAGAAAAAGUUAAUAGAAGGCAAACCAGUAGUCAGCGUUGUCCUGCAACGUACGGAUGACCGGGCCAGCCAGGAGGGCCAGCGGAAAUAGCCAGCCUGACCGGAACAACGCGUCUUACCCCGCGAAAAAUAUUCGCGUUUCUUUCGUCCCGUUGGAUGACUUUAUCGUUAAGUUUAUUUUCAUGUAAGGCGCGAGUUCGUAAUUUUUUAUCUUUAACAUAUCUAAAGUCUAUAGUUAUCUAAGUUACAUAUAUAUAUAUAUAUUUCACAAAGGUUUAUUUGCAUGUGCAUGCAUUUUUGUUCAAAGUUACUUAAUAAAUAUUAUCAUAAUGUUAGAAUUACCUAUAAUAGUCAUACUUACCCUUGUAAUCAUACUCUUGAUAGUUAUCAUAAUAAUAGUACUAUGCUUACCUGUAUUCGCGUAGCGGCGUUUGAAAAAUUAAUUUCUCUCAGUUUUACUACAUGCAAUAUAGUCAUGCUAGAGAUAGAAGCACAACUAGUGUGCUAUCAUUAUUUUUUGUUAAACAUCAUUUUCAUUAGACUCAGCACGACAUUCUUAGUAUCAUAUGCACAUUCGAUGCAUUUUUUAGUUUCUUGGCUUUAAUAAGCAUUUUCUAUUUAAAAUCGCAUAAUCAGUGUGGAUUGCACUUUAAGUGCAAUUCACACCCAAUAUUUGCACUUGCAAGUGCAAUCUUCAAAGCAGAAGAGGGGAUGCGCCAGACUGGAGGGGGCAACCCAGCGAGAUGCCCGCAGCGCAGCAACGCCGCGCAACAGAGAGUGGGGGUAACACUCUCGACAUCCGUGGGGGAAACCGACGCCGCGCGCGGUUAGCAGAACCAAGCGGGAGGGGGAAACCCGAGCGCUCCCGGCAGCGGCGUGCGUGCGAUUGGCGGAACCCCACGGGAGAGGGUAGCGUCCCUCUCGAUAGUAUAAAAGCGAGCGUUAAGAGCUCUCAGGAGCUUUCGCGCGCAGGAAUUCAUAGCGUACAAACCGCGGAAUACCAAAUAAGAGUUUUCGCGCGCUAUACAUAUCCGAUAGCAAAAGUCACGGAAAGCGAGAUACGUGACAUCGCGAGUGCGACUGUUCCGUGCUAUGCACGUUAAAGAGAGUGAGCUCUCGCGCGUUUCGGCAUAACCAUCUUUUCGUUAAGAGAGUUCGAGCGUGCGUGCGCAAGUAAUUAAGAACAUAAUAAAUCGACCGAAUGCGAGUAGGUUCGAUUCCCGAAUAGUGAUAGUGUCGACUCGAUUGUGAAGAAGCGACGCGUUCGGGACUUAUGUGACAUAUGUGACACCAAGCUUAUCAAUAAAGCGUACUGUUUGUUAUUUGUUACCAAAAAACAACAUAGUGUUAUCUCUCACUUACCUGACUGAGCGUCCGUUCCUGAGCUCGUGGAUAUUCCUGGCAACCUGAAAAGAAAGUAAUCCUAUUAAAAACGGGACCGCGGGUAAACCUGAAAAUAAAAAUAUACUCACCUGGCGAAGUUCCUGUGGGACGACGAAGGCGAUCCUGGGGACGAUCCUGAGACGACGGCGGCACCUGAAAGAAAAGAGAAAAGGAAUUAGUAAUAAGUUCGUUCGAAGUUCGUGUGUUGUGAAUUUCCUCUGGGAUAUAAUCGAGCUAGUGGUAGCUGUCCAUCCGACGGAAGCAACACCGACGUGCGUUCCGGCGUUCCUGAGAGAGUGGCCAUUCCGGGACACCACACCUUGCCUCUUGAUAAGGAUAAAGGGGCUGGCGACUGUGAAAACCUGCAACAAAAGGUUUGUGAGUCUUUACUUGUCAAAACUCGUGAGUCACGUCAUUCGGUAAUCCGGUCACAACCUAACUUCAAAAAAAAUUUGUUUUAAUGUCGGUCGGCGGAUUAAACUAGUCUAUCCUUAUGUAUUUUGACCCCCUAAAUGUGAAUCCAAGGUUAGAAUUGCUGAAUUGGCUUAUUUUUUUUUAACCUCAAAAAAAUUUUUUUUAAUGUUGGUUCCCGCCGAUCAGACUAGUCUAUCCUUAUGUAUUUUGAUCCGCUAAAUCCAAUUCAAAGUCAGAAAUUCUGAAUUGGCUCAUUUUUUUCUAACUUAAAAAAAAAACAUUUUGUAAAAGCAGUUUGGGUCACUAAUGUAUAAUCCAGAGCGUGCAGACUUGCGUAACCACAUUACUCGGAGAAAAUUCAAUACGUAUAACAAGUCUGAGCUUCGGUGAAUGAAUAGCGUAGAAAAUUCACUCCCUUUUUCUAUUAUAUCUAACUCUUUUAUUCACGAAGUUUCGGAUUAAUGAACAAAUCGAAACCUGGAUGUUACAAGUCUGAUGAGUGAAGACUAUUCAUCGAUUCUUCUAAAAGAAGCUUGAAAGGAGUAUUGCUGCACAAUACUGUUACACGCACUCCCGAUUGAAAUAAAUUGUAACACCACUGAAAACUCACACGGCUCUUUAAUGUAACACAAAUACAAGAACACAGUGAUAGAAUUGCAAGAAAUACGUCCGAACAGUUUGACAGCUCGGAAUCUAGUCGCAAAGGCACUUGUUUGUAAAUAGCAGCCCGUCGUCAAGGAACGCCACGCGGCCUUCUCAGUAAUCGUACAGCAGCGCGGGCGUAACACUACCCUCUCUCUUCAAGAUUGUCGUCCCGACAAUCCGAAAGGGUAGUACCAAGGCAGUCUUCCGUUUCCCCGAUUAGGACACAAAAGUUCCAGGACGGCCUCCUGCUCUCCCUGAGCUUUGUCCCAGGUUACCGAGCGCCGCUCCUAAAUAAGUCCUAAUUGUCUUCAGGGAAAUCCAGGACCUCCAUCCUUUCCAAAAGUCCUUUUAGAACCACUAUUCGGCAUUCUCUGAGGAAGAGACGAUCUCCCUCUCCCUGGGCCGACUCCUGAGUGAACUCCACUCCUCUAGGUUCUCGUCUACUGGAUUUGAUCCAAACGCUGCCCUCCACGCUUUAACCGACGUCGCCGUUCCUCUUCGGACAAGAGGGGGGUAGCCACCGUGGACCCGUCGUCCUGAAAGGACUCCUCUAGUCCCUGCCUCGGCAUUUGCCCUUCGCCCCACGGGAAAACCACGGCUCAAAAACCGUGGGUGAGGCAGUCUUCAUUUAAUCACAAAGAAAAGAAAUUGAUCCCCCGUCGAAAGGAUUUCGCUCACUUUCCAGGAAAGCUUGUAAAGCAUCUCUCGUUUCGUAAUUUUUUUUUCUUUUCCUGAAAAGAAAAUAAAACAACAAGCAACAAACUUCUCCAAUUUCCAAAAAAAAAA